AUGACUUGGCAUCGGUCUCACUCCAGGAUCUUAACUCUCUGUACAGCUACAGGUGGUUCUCUUCUCGCUUCCUGCUCUAGUACAAAUUGCUCGGAUUCCGACACCUCUGCUUUGGGACCUUCUAUUCACGCGCAUUCCUAUAGUGAUGGUUACAAACGUCGUGCCCCUCGAAUGAUAAUCGCAGACCCUGAUGCAUUUGCUCACAAGAUAAAAAAGUUUGUUAAGGACGGACCAGACCAUCUCUUGGUGAUCACCGAUUUUGAUCGGACGUUGACGCCAUACUACAAGCAACGGAAUGAUUCUAAGGCCCCAUUAGAGCAAGAAAAUAGCAGCCAUGGACUGCUUAUGACCAGCAGUGUGUUGCACCCACAAGUACGUGUUGGAGAGCAAGAGCUUUUUGCAAAAUUUUACCCUGUGGAGAUGUCUCUGUCACUUUCAAAUGAGGAGAAGCUACCGUUUAUGGAGCAAUGGUGGAACAGUGCGCAUGCGUUGCUUGUUAAGUACAAGCUGACACGUGAGCAGGUGAAAGAAGCAGUUUCUCUAGGAUCGUUCAGUUUUCGUCAGGGCUUUCACUCCUUGUUGAAGCUACUGCACGACGAGCAUGUACCGAUACUUAUCUUCUCGGCUGGACUCUACGAUGUCAUCCACGCUGUAUUGGAGCAAGAGUUUGCUAUUGCGUGCAAGCAUAACGGAAGUACAGAAAAGGCUGGAAGUGGUGCCAACCGAGUUUUCACUCCUAGCAACGUGCACGUGGUUUCAAACAUGAUGCGCUUCGAUGCCGAUGGAAUCAUUGAAGGCUUUUAUGGGGAGAUUAUUCACUCGCUAAACAAAACUGCGCGUGUACUUCUUGACUCGCCAUUCUGGAAGGAUUGUCAGAUGGAGAAGCGGCGCAAUGUGCUGCUGAUGGGAGAUUCGCGAGGCGAUGUACACAUGGCCGAAGGGUUGAUUGCGGACGAAAUUAUCCGCGUUGGAUUCCUUAACGUGCAUGUGGACGAAGCGUUGGACGAGUACCUCGAGCUUUAUGAUGUAGUAUUUACCCACGACGUGAGUCUUGUCCCCGUGCAAAUGUUGAUCGAGCAGAUAGCGACGGCGUCAAAGGGUUGCAAGAGUUGA